GACUAAAGUCACUGCCUUCUUUCCCUCCAGUGCUCGCUCCCCUCUUUCUCCUGGUGACUCCAUGCUGAGAUCAACAGAUAGGAUGCUGUGUCUCAGCUCCCUGUCCACCCUCCUCCUGCUGCUUCUCCUCUUCCCCCCUCCGCUGUCUGCCCAGGAGGUGCUUGUACGUCUAGCAGGCGUGAACCGGCGCAAUGCAAAUGAGGGACGUGUGGAGGUGUUCUACAAUAACGCAUGGGGCACAGUGUGUGAUGACGAGGUAGAUCUUAACCUGGCCAAUGUGGUGUGCCGACAGCUGGGCUUCCAACGGGGUUUUACCUGGGCGCACAGUGCCAGGUUUGGCGAGGGCCAAGGUUUGAUCUGGUUGGAUAACGUGCGCUGCACAGGCACAGAGGCCUCGAUCGCAGACUGUCCCUCCAAUGGUUGGGGAGUCAGUGACUGCACCCAUGCUGAGGACCUUGGGGUUAUUUGCAGCCCAGAAAGGAGACCUGGCUUCCCAUCUGUCUUGGAGGAGUCUCCAUCGUCCUCCAGGCACCAGCCAAGACAGAGAAACCCACCACAAUCUCCUCCAGCCCCAGCUGGCAUCUCCUCUUCUUCUUCAAGAGGCCACGAGAUUGCCCUCCAUCGCAACCCAAUGGCUUCCCGUCGUAGCAACAUCUCACCUCAGGAAAACGGCCACGAGAUCCAGAUCUUACGACGGAAUCGAGGUGGCUCCAGACCAGGUUCACAGGUUAGCUCAGCCCUGCCGCAAGGGCACCAGCUACCUCCACGUCUGGCAAACGGCGCAUCUUACAGGCACAGACAGGAGACCGCGAGGACCAGUCCACAAGCAGUGAGGCGAGAUGCAGGGGGACAGAUAGACAGGCAGUCCCAGACUUAUCCUGAACCUCAGCCAGAACGCAGGAGCGAUAGGAAUCAGCAUCUGAGUGGGAACCAUGUCGAGCCAGAGCCUUCUUAUCCAGACAUGGGACUGGAGACUGAUGUGUACCACACACAGGGAUCAGUUCACUUGGAGGAGGUUCGUCUACGGCCCGUCCUGUCCGGCAACCACGGUGGACUUGUGACAGAAGGAGUGCUCGAAGUGAAGCAUGCUGGGAGGUGGCGUCACGUGUGUAGCCGUGGCUGGGACAUCAGCAGCAGCCAUGUCGUUUGUGGCAUGUUAGGAUUCCCAGCUGCAGAAGCAUUUGACCAGAACGCCUACAGAAAAGUGUGGGAUUCCAAGAUAGCUGAUCCAUCCUCCAGAUUGAGGACACAGAUCAGUAAGAAGGGCUACUGGGUGGAGAAGGUGCAGUGCAAGGGUGUGGAGGUCUCUCUGGCGCAGUGCCGUGCACAGCUGUCAAACCCCAGGAGUGAUGUCCCAUGCAGUGGUGGCAUGCACGCUGUGGUCCGCUGUGUCCCUGGAUCACAGUUCACACGCCACGGUAGAGCACCUGCACCACCUGCUGUGCCGCCGGUCGUGCGUCUGAAGGCGGGGUCCCGACUCGGGGAGGGCCGUGUUGAGGUGCUCAGGGAGGGAAAGUGGGGUACCGUGUGUGACCACCUGUGGGACAUCAAUGCAGCCAGCGUGGUCUGCAGAGAGCUGGGCUUUGGGACAGCCAAAGAGGCCCUCACCAAGGCUCAGCUGGGACAGGGUACUGGUCCCAUCCACAUGAACAGUGUGCAGUGUACAGGCAGGGAGAAGUCGAUCACAGAGUGUCACUACAGACAAGUGCCGCUUUACUCCUGCAAACACAACCAGGAUGUAGCUGUCCGCUGCAACGUCCCCAACACUGGUCUGGAGACCACGGUGCGUCUGGCGGGAGGCAGAGAGCCAUCGGAAGGCCGUGUGGAGGUGCUGAUGGAAGUUGGAGGGGUGAAGCGUUGGGGCUCCAUCUGCAGUGAGAACUGGGGCAUCAACGAGGCCAUGGUGGUCUGUCGACAGCUGGGCUUGGGCUUCGCCUCAAGAGCUCAUCAGGAGACCUGGUACUGGCCCGGUUCUUCAGAUGCUGCUCAGGUGGUUCUGAGUGGAACUCACUGCAUCGGCACUGAGAUGUCCAUCCAACAGUGUCGCAGAAACUCUAACGUCUACUGUCCCAGAGGAGGAGAUGGUAGAGCUGCAGGAGUCACAUGUGUAGAAACUGCUCCUGACCUUGUAGUGGAUGCCCAACUCGUCCAAGAGACGGCCUACCUGGAAGACCGACCCCUUCACCUGCUGACCUGUGCUAAUGAGGAGAACUGCCUGUCUUCCUCGGCUGCCAGGAUGAACUGGCCCUAUGGACACCGUCGCCUGCUGCGCUUCUCCUCCCGUAUCAUGAACCUGGGUCGGGCCGACUUCCGUCCCCGAGCCACCAGGGAAAGCUGGACGUGGCACCAGUGUCACAGACACUACCACAGCAUUGAGGUGUUCACCCACUAUGAUCUGCUGACGUUCAAUGGGACCAAAGUGGCUGAAGGUCACAAAGCCAGCUUUUGCCUGGAGGACACCUACUGCCCUGACGGUAUCCAUAAGCGGUAUGCCUGCUAUAACAUGGGACAGCAGGGUAUCUCAGUUGGCUGCUGGGACACCUAUCGCCACGAUAUUGACUGCCAGUGGAUCGACAUAACAGACAUCCGGCCUGGUGAAUACGUCUUCCAGGUAGAAGUCAACCCUUCCUUAGACAUGGCUGAGUCUGAUUUCCAGAACAAUGUGAUGCGCUGUCGGUGCAAGUAUGAUGGAGCACGAGUUUACCUGCAUGGAUGCCAUGCAGGUGAUGCUUACAGUGCCGAGGUGGAGGACUUGUUUGACCACCACCGUCAGAUCUCCAGCAACUUCCUGUGAAUUAAAGAACACACAGAUUUAAGGACAGAACAACCGUACAACUCAUCACCACACCUCGACGUGUCAGGGGAAGGAGGUUGAAUGACAAUGACAUGCCAGCAAAUACAAAGAUGAGGGUCAGAGGGUGGGAAACUGGAAUGAUAUGGGAGGUACUUAAGGCAAAAAUGAUUAAUUAGGAUCAUGUGAUUCUUAUCAGGAGUGAUUGUUCCUGUUAGAGAGUCAAAAGAUUAAAGGACCAGUGUAGAAAGACAAAAGACAAAAAAAAAAAUAAAAGCAGUAAUAAAGGAGGCCAUCUAAGCAACAUGUCAACAUUAUUAAAAUGAAGAGUAGGUUAGUUCAAUUUUCAAAAUGUAUUGAUUUUCGUAACAAAUGUAAUUAUCUUGAUCAAAACAUAACCACACUUCAGAAAGUAAUGACAUGAAGGCACAACGCACAGAACAACACAUCCUUUCCUUUUACAGUACAUCACCCAGGCUGUCAUCCAUUUAAUAUCAACCCAGGUAACAGAUUGUGUACAAAACUCUGUAAGUACUUCCUGUGCUUUCACUGUUCACAUUACAAAUGCAGUAUUUCUUGUUCCAACUGUGUGGUUUUUGGUUUUGGAGAAUUUUUUAUUUCAUGGUGCUAUUUUGCCUUAUUUGAAUAAAUAUUGUAAUGUAUUGCAAAUGUAUUGUCAUGUACAGUUUUAUAUUACCUCUCUGGAAUAUUGUUCUUUAGGUCACUAAUUUAUGCAGAAUUUUAAUGUACUUUUGAAACGUCUCCCUGUGUGGCUGUGUUUUGUAUUGUUAAUUUUAUUAUGAAAAAUAUUUUCACUUGUUUGUUCUUUAUCUGUAACAUCGGUAACGUCAGAUGAGAUCUGGUUGUACCACAGUGUUGCGCCUUUAACAGUACUUGGUAAUGGUAGUUAAAGAAUAAACAUCAGAUUGACAAAACUGUA